AUGUUUCAAAGGCUAGGGUUGUUCGCGGUGAAUCAACGCACACGAUGUGGCUCGGUAAUCUCUGUCUGCAUACUUCGGGCUUGUUCGGCAGACGACGGCGCGGCACGAGCUGCGCGCGGGCGGGAGGCGGCCGAUGGAUAUAUCAGUGCGGGCGCCGCGGCUCGCUCACCCCUCAACGAGAUGGCGCUGAUCAGCGACUGA